ACGUUCGGAAACAGUAGAAAGCAAGCCAGUGUCCACAGGCCAGCUGUAUCACUAAAAUCAGUCCAGCAAACUAAAGCAAGAUGUACACGAAACUCGCUCUUGUUGCGCUCCUCGUCGCCGUAGUGGUAGCUUCCCCUGUUCCCGGUGGUCACGGCGGCCAUCACAAGCAUGUGACUAUCCACGUGCCGUACAAGGUUCACACCAUUCACCACCAUCACGUGUCCAAGGUGCCAUACCCGGUGCACGUGCCCGUUGUCAAGGAGGUGCAGGUGGUGAAGGAAGUGCCAAUUGUGAAGCACGUGCCAGUGCCAGUGGUGAAGCACGUGCCGGUGCCAGUGAUCAAGAAGGUCGAGGUUGAGAAGAAGGUGUACGUGCCAGUGCAUCAUCACGAGCACCACAUCGAGGAGGAGCACGGCUGGGAGGGCGAGUCUCUGUCGCAUGGCUGGAACUGAUUUCUUUUACGCGAAGUAUUUUAGUUUAAGAUAUACAAGUAGUACAAAUCAACACCGCGGAUGACGUCAGCUGACUCAAGUCAUCAAAAUUACUACCACCACCGUCAUCUAAUCCCAAUUAACUACGUGUAGUAUAGUUACCACUAUUGUUGUUGAUCCAUGUUAAUAGAUAUAAGUACCAAAGAGAGAAAUAAAUGGAAUCUUUUAUUUUUUUUUUAAAUAUAAUGUUUUUCUUUUAAUUUUAACUUAUACCUUUUUUUUCUAAUGGAUGAGAAUGGUAACACCGCCUGCGCUAUCGGUAUAUACUGGCCGGGUACCAGUGAGAG